CAUUCAGGAAAUUGUCAGCAACACCACCUCCAAAAAAUCCUAUUUUUGCACAAUAUUUUGGCUUCAACAACAACGAGGUUUGUAAUUAGCCACAGUAUUUUACGAUGGAAAUGUAGAAAGUGACGUUGACCAUCAAUGAAAUGUCAAGUCACAGUGUUGGAUAGUUUGAAAAGCAGAUGUAAAGACGAAGUCAAAAUGACGUGUAAACUGCAUGCACUAUGACUAUGACUCUACAGCAUGGGAAGAAGCAUGGACAAUGUUCCAAUAGAUAUUCAUUACAAUAAGUCACUUGAUAAGUCUAGUAAUUAUAGUUAGUGGAUUGGUUAAUCAAUCGUCAUCACUGCCACCAGCUAUGGCAGGUGAGAACACUCGUCAUCACUGCCACCAGCUAUGGCAGGUGAGAACACUCGUCAUCACUGCCACCAGCUAUGGCAGGUGAGAACACUCGUCAUCACUGCCACCAGCUAUGGCAGGUGAGAACACUCGUCAUCACUGCCACCAGCUAUGGCAGGUGAGAACACUCGUCAUCACUGCCACCAGCUAUGGCAGGUGAGAACACUCUCCGGUGGAGGAGAUAACAACCAUGCUGCAGGGAACGUACAUCAACUACUUUCAUUGUCUGAGAAUCGUUGAUCUGCUCAAGGAGACAGAAGCGGGAAGUAAAAACAUGUUUGGGAGAUCGCAGCGCAUGAAGGAUUGGUGUGAGAUUCUCAAACUACAUGAAAAGGAUGGCGUUUAUUUAGCUGAAGUCGCGCAAAUCUUGAUGAGGAAUGUUAAUUAUGAGGUAACUGCACUGAAGAAACAGAUCGUGAAAUGUAAACAGAUUCAGAAGGAUAUGGGCAAUAAGAUAAAAUCAGAGCUGUUAUCGUUAGUGAAACAUCUUCCUGCCGAGUUUGAUAAAAUAACAACAGCUACCAGUGACCUCAAAGAACCAGUCAACUUGUAUGAAAUGUUCAUCGAGUUCACAUUAAAAAAGACGCCAGACACGUUGUCCUGUCCAGCACACCCAAUGCUGCCCAACCGGUUUAUCACAAGAUACGACGUGAACACCACAAUGAAGCCCCGACGUCCUCUGAAAUUUCAAGAAAUGGUUGGGUUUGGUCAAGGGACUGUCUCCCCGGAUUCAUUCGUCAACGUGAGGGAGAACUGGCACCCGGAAGUGCGUCAUUUUUCUCCAAAAGGGACCAUUCCUGUGAUUCUGGUCGGGACGAAGGCGGACUUGAGGAGUGAUAGAGAGGCUUUGGAUUAUCUUAGGAAAAAGAAACAAGCCCCAAUCACAUACGAACAAGGCAUUUCUUUAGCGAAGAGGAUCGGGGCGGUGAAGUACGUCGAGUGUUCUGCUAAGACAAUGAAAGGGGUACAUAAUGUGUUUGAAGAAGCCAUUAGGUCCGUUCUCACUCCGAAGAAGCAAUCCAACGGGCGCUGUGUUUUACUUUGACAAAUAUAUGGAUGUGCUAACUUUCGGUGGGAGAAUCAUGGGCUACAUCGGUGUGCAUCAGCUAACCAUACGUUGUAAAGUUUACCGUACUGUUAUUGUGAAAUAUCAUUAUGACCAAAAGGACUGAGAAUAGUGAACCAGGCCCGCAGCUAGCUUUUUGGUCCUCGUUUUUGGAGGUCGACUGAGAUUAAUUAUACUCUGCGACCUGAAAUAGGUCACAUAAAAAACGUUCUAUAAUAUGAUGUAUCCUUGCAACCUACAAUAAAAUAUUUUUCGAAAAUGAAUCCGUAGUAGGUUAGUUUUUAGUUUUGGU